ACAGACAGCACUUUCACGUUUUCUUUGCUUAGAGUGCAGCAUGCCUUACACAGCUCUCUCUACGGCACUGCUGGCUUUAAUAUGGACUCAGGUUGUCCACUCCAACUUGGACAACCAUAAGAAUGCAGCCAGGAUCCAAAUAAAAGCAGAAGACGUAUUUAAAAGGUAUGAUAUCAGACAGCCGGGAGAGAUGUGGAAGCUGGUGAAGGAUCCUCUCAGUUCAGAUAUCUACGCAGGUGGUCCGAAUGGCCUGUAUAAUUUACAUCAAAAUGAGUUAAAAAUGGUAAAACCUAGCAUCUCACUGCUGACUGAAGGAACGAAUAGAACGCUGUUCAUCUGUGAAAAGAUUAAGGAGAAAGAUCAUAAAUGCUGUUUCCUGAAACCGGAAUCCGAUCAGAAUUGCUUUAACGUGGCCCAAGAGGUGCAAAUUAAUGAAGCGUCCCUGCUUGUUGACAGGACACUAUUUUUCACCAUGUCCGGUGAUCUUAAUGCACAAGCCAACUUGGGGCUCUACAAACAAAGCUCCAAAACCAGCUACACUUGGCCACAGGGAACAACAGUGGCACAAAAAUAUGUGAAAAUCAUCACAAAAAGCACAACCCUGGAUGGCAAGCUGUACUCCUUUCAAACUGUGAAGAAUUCGGACACGGACCCGGAAACGCCUUUAUGGAUUUCUCAAGUUUCUCACUACUGCAUGGGUGAUAAAGGGGGGAGUAAAAGCUUGCUGCAGUUCCGCUGGACAUCCAUGCUGAGUGCUCGUCUGUUCUGUGGGAAAAAAGAGAAUAGGACGACCUUCACAGAGCUGCUGGACGUUGCAGAAUUGGAGAUCUCGGGCGACACCAUCAUUUUUGCACUCUUCAAGAAUGUAUAUAACAUCAGAGCUGUGUGCGUUUAUAAAAUGUCUGAGAUCGAGCGGAUCUUCAACAGCGCCAAGUUCAAAGAUCCCAAAGACUCCAUCUCACAGAAUCCUGGAGAGUGUGUUUCAAACAGUCAGUCCUUACAUGCAAGUGUUCUGAAGUUCAUGGAACAGCGUCCGGAGAUGGAGGAAUGGAUUUUGCCUGAGAGCGACCCCCUGGUCUUCCGCCACCACUUGUACUCACACUUACAGGUGGACAAUGUCAACAAUAAAGAUGUCCUGUUAAUGACGCUAGAAAAUGGCAGGAUUCAUAAGGUGCUGAAGAAAGAAAAUGGUCAUUUCAUUAUCGCUGAAUACCUGCCAUUCGAUAAGAAGACCCACAUCCACAGCAUGCUUCUGGACAGAUCUGAGAAAACGCUGUACGUGAGCAACAGCAGCCAGGUGGUCACGAUCAACCUGCGGGACUGCAACCACUAUGGGGAUGCUUUUAAUGCAUGUGGUAUGGCUAAUGAUCCUUACUGCAGCUGCAAGAAUUCAUCUGGAGCCUCGGCUGAAGGUGUGAGAAGGGAAGAUCACUUUUUUUCUGCAGACGCAGGAGGACCAAGCAUCCAGAGGCUCAGCAGCAGCCCCAGAUCCCCAGACCUGAUCCCUCGACACUCCAAAUACUAUCUUACUUGUCCCACACUUUCCAAGCAUGCUUCCUACACCUGGAUUCAUGACAACAAAACUGUAUCAGAGUGCGUCUCCACUGAAGAGCAGUGUCUCCUGCUAAUAGAAAGCAUGAGCAAAAAGGACGAAGGAUGUUAUGUCUGCCAAGCCACAGAGCAAGAGCAGUCUUGGACAGUCACAUCUAAUCUCUUGGUGGAAAAUGGUGCCUCCCACCUGAGAGUGGCUCCUGCAGUGAUGACCUGUCUUCUUCUCCUGAUCAGUAUGAUAGUAUUCUAGCUGUUUGUUUAGAGUUCAUGAUGUUGGAGUGUGUGUACCCCUUAUUCUUAGUCGUUCACUGCUGAUAACAGCACUUUUAAAACAAUGGAAGGCUGUUUUUUACCAUUGCGCAUUAGCUCAGACUGAUGAGACUAAAGACCCUAUUUUAGCAUUCUAUAGCCGACCGUCAAUGGCUCACCGUGCAGCUUGAUUUGAGGUGUGUCAGUGUGUCUUUGCUAUCGUAACGGCGGGAAAAGUAUGUCUUGCACACAAAAGCCAUGUGCUAAUUCUCUUAAAUAAUCAUGGGUAACAUGAAAUAAACCAAUCAGCAUAUAUAUCACUUGCCAUUUGUUUUAAGAGCCAGAUUUUUGUGCUCUGACUUUGGCAAAUUGGUAUUUUAACGGCGCAUUGCUUCUGUGCUUCUUAGCAGAAGAAAAAUGACCUGCUUGUGCAUCUCUACAGUGUGAACGAGCAUGUACUUUUUUUUCUGCUGAAAAGCUCAGAAGCACUGCGCCGUUAAAAUACCAAUCUGCCAAAGUCAGAGCACAUCUGGCUCUUAAAAGAAAUGGCAAGUAAAAAGCUGAUUUACAGGAACCAUAAUUUUAGUUUAUUUGAUAUCCUGUUUAUUGCAGACUGUGUUGCCAAAAUAGCAAUGAACAUGUUGUCUGUGGUCUAGGUUUUUCAGUCAGUGGCCACCAACAGUGGUUUCCGUUGCCAAAAUAGCAAUACACCAGAAAUGUACCUGAACACACCUCAUUUCAGGACUACAGCACCCAUCAGCAAAGAUAUAUUCGCAAUUGCUGUCUCUAUUUAAACUGUUGGCGGAGUGUAAGCCUUGCGCAUGGUGUAAGAUAGGGC